CUGUAUCCAGGAGGUGACGCGCCUGCAGGAGAAGCACGCCAUCAACUACCAGACUCUGAAGCAGAAGAUCAUCUCCACCGAUUUGCUGAUCAGAAAGUACAGAACCAAAUGUGAAGAAUAUGAUGUCCAGAACAAGCGACUGGAAGACUUAUCAAGGAAGCUGGAUCGAUCUCAGUUAGACUGUGAGAUGCUGGAGACGCAGUUGAAGUCGUCGCUGCAGAGCACAGAGCCACUCAAACAGACCCGUGUUGACCUCGAGGCCAAGCUGAAGGUCAAGGACAGAGAGAUCCUCAACCUGAAGAACAGUCUGGAAGGAGCAGAAAUGAUGAGGAGGCAGUUCGAGGCCCUGAUUGCAUCUAACGAUAUUCUGUCUAACGAGGAGGACAAGAAACAGAGGGAGAAGAAGAUACAGUCCCUUGAAUCCAGCAAUUCCCGAUAUGUAAACCAAGUGAAAUCUGCUAAAGAUGAGCUAAAAUCCUUGAAGUCAGAGCUUUCAAGAUCUUCAAAACAUGGAAGAGAUGUGGAAAUAAAACUAAGUAAAUCACUGACAAAACUGGAAAAAUAUUGGAAACUUCUGAAGGACAAUGAUUUAUUACCAAAGGGGGAGCGGAAGCCAAACAAAUCCAAGGUCCUUGAUGAGUCCUUGUGGGAGACUUCACAGGAGGAGGAGGUGGAGGAUACACAGAUGCAGAUUGCAGGAUCCCUGAUUGGUGAAGUCUGUUACCAUCUGGAAGAAGCUGAUCAAUCAGAUAACAACGACAAUGACGUACAUGGAGAUAAUGCAGUGGAUGAUGAUGUUGACUUCAUGGAUGUUGGUGGUGGAGACGUUGAUGAUGAUACAGAAGAUGAUGACUACCCAUCCAUAGAUUUCCGCUUCACGUUCAGCCCAAUCUGUGCACCAGUGUCCCCGCUGCCACCGUCACCAGUGCCGGCCAAGCAAAUGAAGGCAAGUUCCUCAGCAACCCCCUCCUCGUCAAUAGCAUAUGAGAAUGAGGAUUCGAUGGACAUCAUGGCUGAAAGCCUUCAGUCUCAACUUCUUGAAGAUUUAACUGCUUCCAAAGCAAAAUCUCUGCGGCGAUCUCCAAGAUUAAAUAGAGGAAAAGAUAGGGCCCUUGUUUCCUCUUCUGAUGAACCAGCUGAAAGCUUCAGGACAAAUAGAGUCAAGACGCAGAAGCUACAAGAGAGUAAAGCUGAACAGCAAGAUAAAGGAGCUGAUAAGACGGCCAUUGAGCCUAGUUCCAGGCUACAGAAUAGGCUAGACUUCGGUGAAUCUGAAGGAUAUGAUCUGGAGACCAGUCUGCCAGCUAUUUCAGAUUCCGACGAGGAGGUGGAGGAGGGGACAGUUUAUGAUGGAAACAGGAAAGGUUCUUCUCCGUUUCCAGUGCAGAACUUGAUCGAAGACAUGAAGAGGCUAAAAGAGGUAGCUCAGCGUACAAUGUCUGUUGAUGAGGAGCAGGAAGAAUCUGUGAUGCUGAAACUGAGACCCAGGAACACCAAGGCGUCCCUGCAGCUGAGCCCUCUCGCAGACCUCGCACUGGUACAAGGAGUCCAUUGUCCUCAGCUAAGUCUUGUAGUACAGAUGAAAAAGAAAAUGUAA